AUGAGUAUAGGAAGUUUUGCAGAAGAAGAACAAGGAGUGACAGGAUUUUUUGUCUCACCAAUUUAUAAGAUAGAAGAGAAAGUAGGAAUACUUGAAAGUCGACUUUCUGAAAUAGAAGAUGUAGAGAGACAUGUAUUAGGAAAAUUAGAUCAAAGUUCAUUAGAUUUUAAGAAAGCAAUAAGAGCAGUAGAUAAAGCUAAAAUAUCACAAGUUCAAACAUGGUUAAAAAAUAAAGAAUCUAUGUUAAUAGAAGAGAAAAAAAGAGUUCUUACUGCAAUGAAAAGAUUAUUAGCAGUACUUCCUGCAGAAGAACGAUUAGCUAUUUUAAGAAGAUUAAAAAUCGAAUAUCGAUUUAAUUCUGUUAAAGAAAUGAUUCAAGACGCUACUUCUACUAGUGGAUUUACUGAACAACAACUUCAAGAAUUCCAUAAACAACAAAUUAAAAGAGCAGAAAUUGAUAAAAAAACUGCUAUUGCUAGACAAAAACUCGCUAUGGCUGAAAUAGAAAAAAUUGAAGCUCAAAAGAAAGCUAAAGAAGCUGAAAAACUUGCUAAAGAAAAAGCUAAACAAAAGAAAGCACUUAAAUCAGUUAAAGUUGAAUUAAAAAAAGCUAAAAAAGCUGAAAAGAAAACAAAUGCAGAAUUAAAUAAAGCAGUUAAAGCUACACAAGAAAAAGCUAAAGCAGCUACUAAAAAAACAGAAACACUUAAACAACAAAUUAAACAACUUGAAAAAAAACCACUUGACAAUAAAGGAAAAGUUAAAUUAGCUAAAGUUACUAAACAAUUAAAACAAGCUGAAAAAACUCAAAAAAAAGAAGCUAAAAAAGUUGAACGUUUAGUUAAGACUAAAUAUGAAAAUAAAGUAGCUAAUAAAAAAGCUUCAAUUAAUAAACUUGAAAAACAAAUUAAAAAAACUACUGGCAAUACUAAAAAACAAUUACAACAAAAAUUAAUUAAUGCACAAAGUGAUUUAAAAACUACUCAAAUGAAAAUGAAUAAAAAAAUUAAAGCAGUAAAAGAGAAAAAUAAUGUUAAGGCUUAA